AUGAUCCCGGGCCUGCCGAACUCCGGGAGCCAGCUGUCGCUGGGCUCCAUCGCGUCGUUCCAGUCGCACCUCAGUCAGGUGUCGCUGUCGUCGACGGUCAAGGCCGAGCGGCGCAAGCUCGCGACCGAAAGGUUGGAGGAGACGGCCAUCGAGCUCCGCAAGUGGCUGCGGUCCGCGACGAAAUCCCUCAAGCACGAGCUCUACGAGGAUGCCGUGCGGCGCUUCACGCGGGCCAUCGACCUCAUGCGCGCGCUCUACGAGUGCGAGGAGGGGCGGUCCAUCGCGAAGCGCCACACGCUCACGGAGCCCGUGACGCUGCUCGGGCGCCUCUACUACCGGCGCGCGCGCGUCUGGCUGCGCCUGGACCAGCCCCGCGAGGCCGAGCUCGACCUCGACCAGGCCGUCGCCCUGGCGCCCAAGGCCGCGCAGCUCUACCUGCUCAAGGGCGCGACGCAGAUGCGGCUCCGGCGCUACGCGGACGCGUCCGAGACCCUGCUCAAGGGCAUCGCCUGCGCGCCGUCGGACGCCAACGUGCGGCGCCAGUUCGACGGCUGCCUCCACGCGCUGCGGGAGCAGGGCGUCGCCUACCACAACAUGCCCCACGCGCCCGUCGGCACCAUCGGCCCAGCGCAGCUCCACGACCCCGGCGCGACGCCCAACGUCCUCGCGUCGUCCGAGGGCGGCAAGGGCGCGCUGGGCAUCCGCGCGCUGGGCGCCAAGCUCAAGACGGCGCCCGGGUCGGCGUCGCACCUGAAGGAGGGCGACUCGGACUCCGGCGACGACAAGCCCAAGGCGCCGCCCGCGGCGGCCGCGGACGAGAAGAACACGGGCGACGCGCUCACGGACGCGGACGUCCACGUCGCCUUGAACAACGCGGGCGCCUUCCUCCAUCUGGAGGACCUCAUCGAGCCGGAGAUCGAGUUCUGGAAGUCGAACGGUCUGGAGCUGGCCUUCGAGGAGGUCUUGGAGGGCGUGCACCAGGUGCUCCUCGACUUCAAGCCCGUGCUCCGGUCCAUCUUCCUCAACGGCUGCCACCGCUACGCCGCCGAGGACGCGAAGCGCCACUGGGAGGCGGAGCAGGCCGCCGCGGGCCACGCCAACGCGCCGACGCCGCCGAGCGAGGACGCGAGCGUCGCGAGCGCGAACCGACCGGGGCAGCAAAAGGGUGAUUCAACGAACCGGCCCGGCGCGUUCCCGCACAAGGGCCGCCGCGUCACGGCGUCCGAGCCCGGCUCCGAGGCGCCGGGCCGGGCCACGCCCGGCUCCGGCCCGACGCGGCCGGGCACGGAGGGCGGCUCCGAGUCCGUGGCCGCGUCGCGCGCGGGCUCCGCGGAGGGCCGGUCGCGCGCGUCCGUCGUCGGGCCCGCGGCCGCGGCCGCCGCGGCGCUGCGCCGCGGGUCCGCGGGCCAGGCGCCGGAGCACGAGUCCACGGCCGGCGACCUGUCGCGCCCGACGUCCGCCGCGCGGCGCCGCAAGGUCGCCGAGGACGACGUCUCGGAGCUGCGGGACGACGACGGCGACGCGGCCGCGCCGCCGGCGAACACGCGGGGCUUCGGCGAGAUGAACGACGACGGGCCCGACGAGACGGAUCUGGAGUUCUUCCCGCGCCUCGCGGGGGGCACGGCGCCCGACGCCAUCCCCUACAGCAAGUGGUCCCAGGAGGUGGUGGCGGAAACAGUGGCGCUUCCGGGCGGCGCGCAGGUCGCGGGCCUCUCGACGCUCAUCGCGCAGCGCGCGUCCAUGUCCGGGUCCCAGCUGCUGCGCCUCCUGCGGGAGGUGCGCCUCACGGACCACGGCAUCAACGACGACGUCGCCCUCGUCGCCAUCGGCCGCACGCUCGGCCGGGCCGCCGCGCGGCGCGAGAUGGGCGAGGUGCCCGAGGACGCGCGCUUCUUCCCGAACCGCGACAUCCACGGCGCGCCCCGCGACGAGCCGGAGAAGGGCACCGGCGGCGAGCCGCCGAAGAAGGGCUUCCGGCGCAUGUCCGCGGUGUCCGCGCACCUCGAGGUGUCGACGACGACGGAGACGUUCCCGUUCAGCACGGAGACGCCGGGGAAGCUCAGCGUCAAGGCGCGGGGCAUGCUCGCGCAGCGGCCCGCGGCGGCCUGGGCCGACAUCAUGGCCCCGGGCCAGGGCCUCAACGCCAUCCGCUUCCCCCAGUUCCUCGAGGUCUUCUCGCGCGUCGCGGCCGCGCGCUACUCGGCGAAGAUCCCCCAGUACCUCAAGGACAUGGAGGAGCGCCAGAAGGGCAUCCACCUCGACUGGAUCCGGGCCCAGGCCGAGUUCGGGCGCCACCGGAAAGAACUGGAAAUGGUCGGCGCGACGCACGACGACACGAUCAUGGCCGGCGGCGACGACGACGACGCCUCCGAGUCCGACGGCGAGGCGCCCGACGACGCGUCGACGUCGACGCGGGGCUCCCAGGGGUCGAAGAUGAGCGCCAAGUCGCGGCCCGGCCUCAGCCGCCAGGGGUCGAAGCUCGGCGCCGCCGCGCGCAAGUCCGCGGUCGCCGGCAAGCCGCCGCCGCCGGGCCGGCGGAACACGGCGCACCGCGGCCGCGCGCCGUCGCGCGGGUCCCUCCUCGACGGCCCGCCCAAGUUCGGCCGGGGCACGCAGCAGUUCAAGGGCGGCGCCCCGAAGAAGGCGCCGAAGCGGCGCAUGUCCGUCGUCGCGGACGACGACGAGGAUUUCGAGCGGUCCGGCUCCGACGACGACGAGUCGAGCCGGCGGCCGCCGUCGUCGCGCGGCGGCGGCGGCGCCAGCGACGACUCGGACUCGUCGGCGUCCAGCGGCAGCGACGCGAGCUCCGUCGGCUCCGUCGCGUCCGUGUCCUCGCGCGUCUCCAGCCGGAGCGGCCGCGGCCGCGCGCCGCAGAGCCGGCCGGGGUCCGCGACGGCCAAGCGCAAGGGCUCCUUCAUGGGCGGCGGCGGCCCCCGCGCCGGCGGCGCCAAGGGCACGUUCCGCGGCCGCCAGUCGUCCUUCUCCGCGGCCAAGGGCGCGCCGCGCGGCCGGUCCGGGUCCGUGAACCUGCCCGGCGGCGGCGGCCCGCGCGGCUCGCGGCUCGGCGCGGGCGGCCGGCGGCCCACGGCCGGCGCCGUCACGGGCGCCGUGAAGCGCAGCGGCUCGCGCACGGGCGCGUCGCCGAGCCCCGGCCGGGGCCGGUCGCAGUCGCGCGGCGAGUCCGGCGAGUCCGACGACGGCCAGCCGAAGCGGCGCGCGUUCUCCCGCGCGGGCAGCCGCCAGAACCUGAGCCGGCAGGGGUCGCGCCAGAACAUCGGGUCCGUGACGGGCAACACGAACGUGUUGAUCCACCGCAUCGGCGACGGGCCGCCCGAGGCCGUCGUCGAGAAGAUGACGCUCGUCGAGGUGCGGUCGAAGAUGAAGAUCGCGCUCCUCUGCGACCGCAUCCAGUACGCCGUCGAGCGCCACGUCGUCUUGCAGCCGGAGGCCGUCCAGGGCGCGACGCAUUUGCGCGAGCGCGCGGACUGCGAGGAGUUCGUCGAGCGGUACCGGUACCGGCUCUGGCUCCGCCGCGUCUUCGCGCACUACGCGCGCGCGGCGGCCGCGGACGCCGAGGCCGCGGCGGCGGCGCCGACGCGGCCGACGACGGGCCUCGGCGCCGUGCGCGAGAGCCGCGCGCAGCAGCAGAACUGGGAGAGCCCGCGGCCGCCCGUGCUCGACGUCCGCGAGUUCGUCUUCAUGAUGAAGGACCUGGGGCUCGUGUCGCGGACGCUCACGCUGUCCGACGUCGCGCGGACCCUGGUGUCCGUCUGCUCCUUCACGGGCGAGCCCAAGCUCGACAAGCUCGACCAGGACGACUUCGCGCGCGCGCUCUUCUACUGCGCGGAGGCGAAGACGUUCGACGGCCUCGUCGCCGCGAAGGACCGCGUCGAGCGCUUCAUCACCCACGACUUCUUCCUCGCCAUCAAGACCCAGACGACGGUCCAGAUGCUCUGGGACCAGUGCGACGCGCUCGCGGGUUUCCUCGAUUAUUUCUCGCCGCCGAGCGCGUCGAAACGGCCGCCGCCGCCGCCGCCGCCGCCGCCGAUGCAGCGCGGGCCGGCGAAGGUCGACCGCCGCGACUACGACGAAAAGCUCCUCGCGGUCAUCGAGCGCGACUCCGGGAGCCGCGUGUCCGUGAACUUGACGCCGGAGCCCUCGCUCGAGCGGGUGCCCUCGCGACUGUCGCGGACGAGCAGCGCGCGGAAGCCCCUGCGGAGCGCCUCGUGGCGCGCGCCCAUGGACAAGAAUUUGAGCCGCGAGGACGCGAUCGUGCGCCACGCGUCCGUGCUCGGCGCGCGCCUCGCGCGCCUCGGGCUCCGCGAGCGGGAGGCCAAGGCCGACGGCAACUGCCAGUUCCGCGCGCUGUCCUUCGAGCUCUUCGGGACGUCGGAGCACUUCGGCCACGUCCGCGAGACCGUCGCGCGGCUCAUGCAGCGGAAGCGCGACGAGUUCGAGCCCUACGUCGAGGGGCCCUGGGACGACUACGUCGCCGCGCUGACCAACGCGUCGUCCUGGGGCGACGAGCUCACGCUCCAGGCCUCGGCCGAGGCGUGGGACGUCGUCGUCCACGUCGUCACGUCCUCGGACGAGCACUACUACCUCAUGUACGGCACGCCCGCGCCGUCGCCCCGGGCCCUUUUCACCCCGCGGGCGGCGCGGCGCAAGAGGACCGCCCAGCGCCACUGCUUCCUCACCUACACGGCGCCCGUCCACUACAACGUCCUCUCCGCCGAGCCGGUGCCGCCGGGCGGGGACGUGCUCCUCUAAGCCGGCGUCUUCCGAUCG